GGCUCAGUUCCGAAAGCAGCCUGGCGACUUCAGAGGCGCCGGCCCGUCCGCCCGCUGCACCUGAGCGCGGCCCCAGCCCUGCCCGGCCGGCCACGAUGCUGUAGGGACCCGGCGUCCUCCCGCCGGACCGUUAUCCCCGCCGGCGCCGCCAGACUCGUGGGCACGAUGCCGCGCUCCUUCCUGGUCAAGAAGCAUUUCAACGCCUCCAAGAAGCCAAACUACAGCGAACUGGACACACACACAGUGAUUAUUUCCCCAUAUCUCUAUGAGAGUUACCCCAUGCCUGUCAUCCCACAACCAGAGAUCCUCAGCUCAGGAGCAUACAGCCCCAUUACUGUGUGGACUACGGCAGCUCCAUUCCACGCCCCACUACCCAGUGGGCUCUCUCCUCUUUCCGGAUACCCCUCAUCCUUGGGACGAGUGAGUCCCCCUCCUCCAUCUGACACCUCAUCUAAGGACCACAGUGGCUCAGAAAGCCCCAUUAGUGACGAAGAGGAAAGACUGCAACCCAAGCUUUCAGACCCCCAUGCUAUUGAAGCUGAAAAGUUUCAGUGCAAUUUAUGCAAUAAGACCUAUUCAACUUUUUCUGGGCUGGCCAAACAUAAGCAGCUGCACUGUGACGCCCAGUCUAGGAAAUCUUUCAGCUGUAAAUACUGUGACAAGGAAUAUGUGAGCCUGGGCGCCCUCAAGAUGCACAUUAGGACCCACACCUUACCUUGUGUCUGCAAGAUCUGUGGCAAGGCGUUCUCCAGGCCCUGGUUACUGCAAGGACACAUUAGAACUCACACUGGGGAGAAGCCUUUUUCUUGCCCUCACUGCAACAGGGCAUUUGCAGACAGGUCAAAUCUGAGGGCUCAUCUGCAGACCCACUCUGAUGUAAAGAAAUACCAGUGCAAAAACUGCUCCAAAACCUUCUCCAGAAUGUCUCUUCUACACAAACAUGAGGAAUCUGGCUGCUGUGUAGCACACUGAGUGACGCAAUCAAUGUUUACUCGAACAGAUGCAUUUCUUCACUCCGACUCCAAAUGACAAAUAAAAGUCCAAAGGCAUUUUCUCUUGUGCUUACCAACCAAAUAUGUAUAGUCACACACACACACACACACACACACACACACACACACAGCUGCAAGACCAUGGAAUCCAUGUGUUUAAAGUUAAUCCUUUCCAUGUGAAGUUGAAAAUUACUUUAUAUUUACUGACAGCUAGAUUGAGAGGAUAAAAGACAAAGAUAUUUGUCUUAAAAGAUGAUGCAAAAAAAGCACAUUGCAUCUUUUUUUAGUAAGAAAGAAUGCAAAGAUUUACAUUGCUGCCAAAUCAUUUCAACGGAAAAGAACAGUAUUGCUUUGUAAUAGAGUUUGCAAUAGAAUUUCCUAUAGGAAGAGAAUCUGCCAGACGCUAUCUCAGGUGCCUUAUAAAGUAUUCCAAGUUUACUUCAUUACAUGUCUGAUGUCUGGUUGCCGUUGUUAAACUAAAGUUUUUUUUAUGAUUAUCGGAAAUGCUUUAAACUCUAUUUUUGAGAAAGAGAUAAAAAGAACAAGAACCAAACACAGGAGAAUGUAUUAAAUGUGUUUCUUUUUUUUUUUCUUUUUGUUUGUUUUUUGCCAAUAAACAGUAUGUGCCUUGUUGGGGGAGGAGGGAAAGACUAGCUUUGAACAUUCCUGGUGCAUCCCCAUGUCUUACUUUUUUAAAAGAACUUUUAACAAUUUUCUAAAAUUAAUUAAAAAUGGGAAUAAGUGCAAGAAAUUAUUCUUAGAAACUCAGUAAUGUACUGAACUAUGUUGAAUGCAUACGCAAAUGCAAUCCAUACAACACCCAUUCUAAGUGCCUUUUUAAUUAAUUGUAUAGUCUAUGAGUCAAUGUAAAUUUGUGUUUAUUUUUAUAUGAUUGAAUGAGUUUUGUAUGAAAGUGAGAUGUUGUCUAUAGCUAAUGUCUAUAAGCAACUUGAAGACUGUUGAAAUCUAUGUUCUUUAAAAAAAAACAAUUUUCAAGGUCCUUUUUUACAAUAAACAUUUUUGAUUUAAAA